AUGCAGCCACCACGGUUUAGUAUGCAACCAUCAUCAUCGAAUAGUGUGGUAAGGGAAGGCACAACAAAAAUUUUACAGUGUUCUGCAAUUGGUAUACCGCAGCCAAUGUAUCGUUGGUUAAGAAAUAAUGUACCGCUGGGCGAUUAUUCAUCAGAGUUGUUUUAUAAGAUUCACAAUACUCAGCGGAAGGAUGCCGGAGCGUACCAGUGUAUAGCGAAAAAUGAUGUCGGAGCAAUAUUCAGUGCAAAGAACAACAUUGUCGUCGCGUAUAUGGGAAUAUUUGAAAAUUUAGCAGAUACAGUUAUAAGUGUUGAAUCUGGUAGAGCGGCCAUACUACCUUUUCCUCAGAUAGAAUCUGAACCUCCGCCAUCAGUUAUAUGGCAAGAUGAAAACGGAUCUUUAAGAUACGACCAGAAAUAUGCAGUGACUGACAAGCACGAACUUGUCAUAUUGUGUACUUCACACGAAGAUGAGAAAGCAUACAGAGUACGUGCCAUAAAUACACAACUCGGAAAAGCUGAAAAUAGCCCCUAUAUACAAUUAAACGUUUUUGGAAACGACAGCAGAGAAAUUCCACCUGAAAUUAUUAUAAAACCUGAAGAUACUAAGAUAGUAAAAGGUCAAGAAUAUACUAGUUUAUAUUGUAUUGCAAACGCUAGACCUUUACACGAAUUGGAAACACUCUGGUUCAAAGAUGGGAUAAUGAUAGAUCUGGCGGGGAUCACAUUUGACUUGAAUGACCAGUGGAAUAGAACUUUAUCUCUUAUAUCAGCAAACUUAACUCAUACAGGACAGUACACGUGCCAAACCAGAUUAAAAACCGGAGGUUAUGCGACUGUUACAGCGUCGGCCUAUGUUACGGUAUUAGAGAAACCAGUGUUUCUUUCGAAUUUAAAAGCUGAAACUUUUGGUGAAUUCGGUAGUUCAAUAGUUUUAGAAUGUAAUGUUCAGGGUAUACCUCUACCUGGCAUUACAUGGUAUAAAGAUGCGAGAAAAAUUGCUAGCGUCGGCGCUGAUGCUGAAAACUUUGACAAUCCGGACGUUGACGACGGCGGUGGUAGAUAUCGGGUAGAAGUUGAUCGCUCACUUAUAAUUAAUGACCUAAAGAUGGAAGACACAGGAAUAUAUCAAUGUAUUGCAAACAACGAAGCUGGAGAAACAUCUAUUUAUACAUGGUUGAAAAUAAAGACGUCCCCGCCCAUAAUGCAGAGUGCACCGGCCAACCUGACAGUUCUUGACGGGAAGGAUGCCACCAUCACGUGCCGUGCAGUCGGAGCACCUAACCCCAACGUUACCUGGUACUUUAAUGAUUCUUUGAUCAUAAACCUCUCGGGACGACUGCAAGCGCUAGAGGAAGGUGACUUGUUAAUUACUAGUACUACUAAUGCGGACAGUGGAAAAUACACUUGUGUGAGAUCAAACGAUGCCGGCAACGUUUCAGGAGAAGCUUACCUUACUGUAUUAGUGAGAACUCAAAUAAUUGCCCCACCUGUAGAUACGCGCGUGUUAUUGGGUCACACUGCUACCUUACAAUGCAAAGUAUCGAACGACCCGAAUGUUAAAUUCAAUAUUGACUGGUUUCAUAAUAAACAACCUAUGACAGCCGGUUCUCGAGUAUGGGUGACAGCAGAUGGAGCACUACAAGUGCAGGCGGUGCGUGCGAGUGACGCGGGAGAAUAUACGUGUGUAGUGACGUCACCUGGGGGAAACCACACCCGACACGCACUUUUAUCGGUUAUCGAACUACCCUUUGCUCCUAAUAACGUUCGUGCCGUAAGAUUGGAUGCCGCAUCACAACGAGCUGUCAAUAUAUCCUGGACACCGGGUUUCGAUGGGAAUUCCCCCAUACAAAAGUUUAUUGUUCAAAGAAGAGUUGUUCCCGAAUUUGGUCCUACGCCCGACCCAUUGUUAAAUUGGAUAACAGAACCCAUGAACGUGUCUGCAAAUCAACGAUGGAUUCUUUUAACUACCUUAAAAGCGGCCACUUCAUAUCAGUUUAGAGUAUCAGCAGUCAACACAGUCGGAGAAGGCCCUGCAUCGGACCCUACUGAUGUCCUAACUUUGCCACAAGAAGCACCUUCUGGGCCUCCAGUAGGUUUUAUGGGAUCAGCGCGCUCUUCAUCAGAAAUAAUUACUCAAUGGCAGCCACCGCUCGAGGAACACAGAAACGGCCACAUUCUGGGGUAUGUGAUCAGAUACAGACUGCGCGGAUACGAGAACAGCCCCUGGACUUAUCAGAACAUUACUAACGAAGCGCAAAGAAAUUAUCUUAUACAAGACUUAAUAACCUGGAAAGACUACAACGUGCAAAUUGCAGCGUACAACGACAAGGGUGUGGGUGUCUUUUCAGAUAGUUAUACGAUUAAAACUAAAGAAGGUGUUCCAGAAGCUCCUCCUGACAGUGUUCGAUGUGAACCUUUUAAUUCAACAGCAUUAUCUGUCUGGUGGACACCACCGAACCCACAAAAAAUCAAUGGAAUUAAUCAGGGCUACAAACUACAAGCAUGGAUUUGGGAUGAAAAGGAAGGUACUAAUAUUGAACAAAAAUUAGUGAGCGUACCUCCAAACUUAUUAGAUCCUCUAACUGAACAAUCAGCGCUAAUAAGCGGUCUUGACAAGUUCACCGAAUAUAAUGUAACAGUAUUAUGUUUCACGGAACCUGGAGAUGGUCCUCAGAGUGACUAUGUGUUAGUCAGAACGAAGGAAGACAUACCGGAUGAAGUAGGAAGCCUACUGUUCGACGACAUAUCAGAUAGAGCAGUAAGGGUGUCUUGGAGUUCACCUAAAAAGUCCAAUGGUAUACUUAUGGGAUAUAAACUAUCAUAUCAAAUGAAAGAUGACAAUGACACUUAUAAGGAAGAGGUGUUACCCCCAAAUAUAACCAGUAUUAAAGUAGAGCAUCUGCAGGCCAGUACUCACUACAGAUUUUGGCUUUGUGCAAUGACGGCAGUAGGUGAAGGUCCAGCAUGGGCUGCUGUUAUUCAAUCUGGUGUUGAACCAGUGCUGCCUGAAGCGCCAAGGAACCUCGCACUGUCCAAUAUUGAAGCCUUUUCGGUACUUCUACAGUUUACACAAGGAUUCGAUGGCAAUUCUUCCAUAUCCCUAUGGACUGUACAAGCCCAAACAGCACGCAAUUCAUCGUGGGUGACAAUCUUCGAAGUCAACGCACCGGAAGCGCAGUCAAUACAUGUUACUGGUCUAAUUCCAUUCACAACAUACAGACUAAGAUUAAUCGCAACCAAUGUAGUUGGGUCAUCACCACCUUCGGAGCCUUGUAAAGAGUUUCAAACGAUUCAAGCCCCGCCUCAGCACGCACCCAAGAAUGUUACAGUUCGAGCUGUAAGCGCUACUAACCUGCGGGUUCGAUGGAUUCCUUUACAGCAAAGUGAAUGGUAUGGUAAUCCAAAAGGAUAUAACAUAACCUACACAAGAAGCGGUAGUAACGAUACAUUACAUAGUAUUAUAGAAGAUCAUACAGCAAAUUCGCAUAUACUUUCUAACUUAGAAGAAUGGUCGGUAUAUGAGAUACGUAUGACUGCUUUAAAUGAAGUGGGAACUUCAGCUGCUAGUCCUAUAUCUAUGGAAAGAACAAGAGAAGCAGUACCAUCACGGGGCCCUAUGGGGGUAUCGGCCAACGCCACAUCCUCUACUACAAUAGUGGUACUUUGGGGUGAAAUACCCUCUUCGGAUCAGAACGGUCUAAUCGAAGGAUACAAAGUGUGCUACGCAGCUGUAGUGCCUCCACCACGGCCAGAACAAAAAAAGGUGGAAUGUCAAGAGGUGCCAUCCAAUCAAACACACACAAUAACAUUGACAGAACUGAGGAAAUAUGUCGUAUAUCAAAUACAAGUGUUGGGUUACACGAGAUUAGGGGAUGGAGCCUUGAGUGAUCCACCAGUGACAGUGAGAACUUUUGAUGAUACUCCAGGUCCACCGUCUAAUGUCUCGUUUCCCGACGUCACGUUUACUAUGGCGCGUAUCAUUUGGAACGUGCCAGAAGACCCUAAUGGAGAAAUUUUGGCGUAUAAAGUUACCUAUCACCUCAAUAGUAGUACCCAGCAUGUAUUUUCUCGAGAAUUCCCGCCUUCGGGUCGCACAUUUAGAGCAACAGAAUUAUCUUCGGAACAUUACUACCAGUUUAGCGUGCGAGCGCAAACACGUUUGGGGUGGGGUGCGACUGCGCGGGUGUUGGUACUGACGACUGCAAACCGCGCUGCACCCGCACCACCACCUCGCCCUAACGUCUCUCGCUCAUUGUUGCAACCGCACCAUAUUACAUUCUCUUGGACACCUGGCGACGAUGGAUAUGCACCACUCAGAUACUACACUGUGCAACAAAAAGAAGAGGGGGGAACAUGGCAAACUAUCCCGGAACGUGUUGAUCCUUUUGUGACAUCAUACACCGCAGAAGGGCUAAAACCUUAUACAGCAUAUCAGUUCAGAAUAAGAGCGACAAAUGACAUUGGCCCUAGUCGAUACAGUAAUGCAACUGAAACAGUACGAACAUUACCAGCCGCUCCCAGUAAAGCUGUGGAGAACUUACAUGUGGUUCCAAUAACUCCGAGUAGUGUGCGGGUUCAGUGGACACCUCUCGGCGAACAACAUUGGAGCGGCGAUACGCGUACCGGUGGCUAUCGCGUUCGAUACCAGCCACUCACUGAUUUUCCCACUGCACUCCAACAAACCAUGAAACAGGACGUGAUGGGCAUCAAGAGCGAGGAGGUGGUGCUGACGGAUUUGGCGCUGGACCGCAACUACGAAAUCAGCGUGUGCGCCGUGAACUCGCAGGGCGCGGGCCCGGGCGGCACGCCGGCCGUGGUGUGGGUGGGCGAGGCCGUGCCUACCGCCUCGCCCCGGGACGUGCGCGCGCGCGCGCUCUCGCCCACCGAGGUCACGCUCGCCUGGACCCCGCCCACCACGCAGCAACAGAACGGGGACUUGCUUGGAUAUAAGAUUUUUUAUCUAGUAACGGAUUCGCCUGAGGAACCCGAACCUGGUCGUCGUAUCGAGGAGGAGAUUGAAGUUGUACCAGCAACAGCUAUCGCACAUUCCCUGGUUUUCCUUGACAAAUAUACACAGUAUCGCAUUCAGGUUUUAGCAUUCAAUGCGGCUGGCGAUGGUCCUAGAUCCACCGCGGUACUAGUUCGUACCCUUCAAGGUCUACCAUCGGCUCCGCGGAACAUAACUUUCACAGACAUUACGAUGAAUAGCCUCGUUGUAACAUGGCAGCCACCCUACCGACGCAACGGCCUCAUUCAGUCGUAUCUUGUAACCUAUGAGACAAUAGAACAAGACGAACGUUUCAGCAAGCAAGUGAAGCAGAAGGUAACGGAGACGCGGCUGGCGGUGGGUGGACUGGAGGAGGAGGUGGAGUACCGGUUCAGUGCGCGUGCCGUGACAGAGGGCGGCGGCGCGGGUGCGGCGGGGGCGGCGCGCGUGCGCACGGGCCCGCAGCCCGGCAGCCCGCAGGCGCCGCGCGAUCUGCUCCUCGCGCCCGAGCCCGCCGCGCUGCACCUGCGCUGGGCCAACGCCGCCUCGGGCAAAGGGCCUCUGCUGGGGUACUACUUCGAAGCCCGCCGCAAAGACGACACGAGAUGGGAAACUAUAACGAGAACCAGCAAUGGAAUGCUAGAAGAAUUUACAAUAUCAUAUCAGAGUCUUCUGCCGUCGACGGCCUAUUCCUUUAGAGUAAUAGCGUACAACAUGUACGGCAUCAGCAACCCGACUUACAGUGAGAAAGUCAUCGUAACUCCGUCGAAACUGUACUUAGAGUACGGAUAUCUGCAUUAUCGGCCGUUCUACCGCAGCACUUGGUUCAUGGUCGCCCUCGCUGCCGCUUCGAUCAUAAUAAUCAUUAUGGUCAUAGCUAUACUAUGCGUCAAGAGCAAAAGUUAUAAAUAUAAAAAAGAAGCUCAAAAAACAUUAGAAGAAUCUCUGGCGGGCGAGAGUGACGAGCGCGGCACGCUGGCCAUGGAGCUAUACCGCUCGCGCCAGAACUCCACGGCCAGCGCGGGCGGCGCCACGCUGCGGCGCGGCGCGGCGCUGGCCAAGUCGCCGCCGCGGCCCACGCCGCUGUCCGUCACCUACAGCGACGAGGAGAGCCUGCGCGCCUACGACGAGAACCCCGACGACUCGUCCGUCACCGAGAAGCCUUCCGAGAUGAGCUCCUCCGACUCCCAGAAUUCGGAGAGUGAAAACGAGAGUGUCAGGUCUGAACCCCAUUCAUUCGUAAACCACUAUGCGAACGUUAACGACACGCUGCGCCAGUCGUGGAAGCGGCAGCGGCCUGUCCGCAACUACUCCAGCUACACGGACUCUGAGCCCGAAGGUAGCGCGGUCGUUAGCCUCAACGGCGGUCAGAUCGUGAUGAACAAUAUGGCGCGGUCGAGGGCUCCCCUGCCCGGCUUCUCCUCGUUCGUAUGA